CCCCGGCGGAAGUCAGAGGCGCCGGGGCAGGAGCGCGCCCGCGGCGGUGCGGACGGCCGGGCGAUGGCCGAAAAGUUCGACCACCUGGAGGAGCACCUGGAGAAGUUCGUGGAGAACAUCCGGCAGCUCGGCAUCAUCGUCAGCGACUUCCAGCCCAGCAGCCAGGCCGGGCUCAACCAGAAACUGAAUUUUAUUGUUACUGGCUUACAGGAUAUCGAUAAGUGCAGACAGCAACUUCAUGAUAUUACUGUCCCUUUAGAAGUUUUUGACUUCACCUUUCAUCAGCCUCCCUUGCCUUUUGCAACCAGAUACCCUUAUGGAUUCUCCUGCUCUGGGCCUGUAACACACCACUUCCUCAGCCUGCCAACCUCUACCUCGACAUUUUCCUUGAGGAUUCAUCUUGCUGUUGCUUCCUUGAAGAAGUCUAGAGGCAGAAGAAGCGGAAAAGUUUCAGCGCCAGAGAGCCUUCUUGACACCCAAGAUCCCCUGAUACUUACAUUCUAGAUCUGUCAGUGACUCCAUGGCUAAACGUCAUCUCAAGCCAGAGGUUGAGGCAGCCUUGAUGACGCAGCCAAAGACUUCUCCCCCGAGGCACAGAGCAGGGCACAGCUGGGCAGAGGAGGGGUCUAUGGUGAGUGAGAGGGAUGUGG